CCCUGGCGGACUUCCAGUGGGUGCCAUCGCUGCACGCCCCACACACAGCAGCACGGCACCAUGCCUCCUCCUCCUCCUCCCACUCUCACUCCCACUUCUACUCCUCACCUGCUCCCACCGCAACCUCGCCCUUCUCCCCAUUGGCACCUCUGCUCUUCACACGCAAGGACAACCCACCCGACAAACUUCUCCGGGCGUUUGACAUUAACCGGGAUGCGGCCAAGCCGGGACUCUACCCGCCUGCUCCUGCCCCAGCUGCCGCCGCUGCU